UCCGAGGAAGGAGUGCCGCCUGUCUUCCAGGUCCCGCCCCUUCGCACUGUAAACCCCGCCCCUCAGGAGGACUCCAGCAUAUCAUAGGGGCAGACCUCCGGAGAGGUGCAGGACGGGGGCGGAGCCUGGGAAGGAAAGGUCGAACCAGAGGGCAGAAGGCAGGACCUAAGGAGUGACAGGACUUUUAGAGGCAGGGAAAAGACCAGCAAGGCGGGAUUUAGGAGUGAGAUGGGCUGGAAAAGACUAGGGCCAAGGAGCGUAGCCACGGAUACUGGGAGGUGCUUAGAGUGAACAAGUGGGCGUGGAAGGGCGUGACUAGUCCUAAAGGUUAGGCCUGAGGGAGGAGUCAGUAGGUGGGCGGGACCUGUGAAAAGCGAACCCCUGGAGAAUGCUAACUGCAAAGGAACUAGAUCAUUUUACUACCUCUGCCAGUCACCCACAACACCUAUGCAUUGUGUUGCUCGAUGACCCUUUGGGUGCUGUUUCAGUCAGCCAAGGAACAUGAAAUAAUUGCUACAUGUCAAGCUGGAUUCCAGAAUCAUUAGAACAGAUCUCUGCCCUCCAGGACCUCAGACCCUUAACUAGACACAAACUAUCGCAAAGUAGUGCGAAAAGUGCUAUAUUCAAAGAAACAUCUGGGACAGCACUUAUCAUGAUGAUUUGGAAGUCACAGCUAGAGCUCAAGGACAGCCUCUUCCACACAGUCAGGCAAUAGCCCCCUCCUCCACAAGCCACCUACAGGCAGAGAGGCCCUGGAUAUUGCACAAGCCAGCACCAGGCUACAGAAUCAUGAGCCAAGACAGCAAAGUGAAGACUACAGAAUCCAGCCCACCUGCCCCAUCCAAAACCAGGAAGAAGCUGCCUGUCUUGGAUCCAUCUGGGGAUUACUACUACUGGUGGUUGAACACAAUGGUCUUCCCAGUAAUGUAUAACCUCAUCAUCAUCGUGUGCAGAGCCUGCUUUCCUGACUUGCAACAUGGUUAUCUAUUGGCCUGGUUCGUGCUGGACUACACGAGUGACCUGCUCUACCUUCUAGACAUCAUAGUGCGCUUCCACACGGGAUUCUUAGAACAGGGUAUCCUGGUGGUUGACAAGGGUAGAAUCGCGAGUCGCUAUGUCCGCACCUGGAGCUUCCUGUUGGACCUGGCUUCACUCAUCCCCACUGAUGCUGUCUACGUGCAGCUGGGCCCACACAUACCUACGCUGAGGCUCAACCGCUUUCUUCGUGUGCCUCGCCUUUUCGAAGCCUUCGACCGCACAGAGACCCGCACAGCUUACCCAAACGCCUUUCGCAUCGCCAAGUUGAUGCUUUACAUUUUUGUCGUCAUCCACUGGAACAGCUGUUUAUACUUUGCACUAUCCCGGUACCUGGGCUUUGGGCGUGACGCAUGGGUGUACCCAGACCCAGCGCGGCCUGGUUUUGAACGUCUGCGGCGCCAGUAUCUUUACAGCUUUUACUUCUCCACACUGAUCCUGACAACCGUGGGCGAUACACCACUGCCAGCCCGGGAAGAGGAGUACCUCUUCAUGGUGGGCGAUUUCCUGCUGGCCGUCAUGGGUUUUGCCACCAUCAUGGGUAGCAUGAGCUCUGUAAUCUACAACAUGAACACCGCAGAUGCAGCUUUCUACCCAGAUCACGCCCUGGUGAAGAAGUACAUGAAGCUGCACCAUGUCAACCGGCGGCUAGAGCGGCGAGUUAUAGACUGGUACCAGCACCUGCAGAUCAACAAGAAGAUGACCAAUGAGGUAGCCAUCUUACAGCAUUUGCCUGAGCGGCUGCGAGCAGAAGUGGCUGUGUCCGUACACCUGUCUACUCUGAGCCGGGUACAGAUCUUCCAGAACUGUGAGGCCAGCUUGCUGGAGGAACUUGUGCUAAAGCUGCAACCGCAGACCUACUCACCAGGCGAAUAUGUAUGCCGCAAGGGGGACAUUGGCAGAGAGAUGUACAUCAUCCGCGAGGGUCAACUGGCUGUCGUGGCAGAUGAUGGUGUCACACAGUAUGCUGUGCUUGGUGCAGGGCUCUACUUUGGGGAGAUCAGUAUCAUCAACAUCAAAGGGAACAUGUCUGGAAACCGUCGCACAGCCAACAUUAAGAGCCUCGGUUAUUCAGACCUAUUCUGUCUCAGCAAGGAGGACCUCCGAGAGGUGUUGAGUGAGUAUCCACAAGCCCAGGCUGUCAUGGAGGAGAAGGGCCGUGAGAUCCUGCUGAAACUGAAUAAGUUGGAUGUAAAUGCUGAGGCAGCUGAGAUUGCCCUACAGGAAGCCACAGAGUCCCGGCUGAGAAACCUUGAUCAACAGCUUGAUGAUCUACAGACCAAGUUUGCUCGCCUACUGGCUGAGCUGGAAUCCAGUGCACUCAAGAUUGCUUACCGUAUUGAACGGCUGGAGUGGCAGACCAGAGAGUGGCCAAUGCCUGAGGACUUGACUGAGGCUGAUGAUGAAGGCGAGCCUGGGGAAGGAACUUCCAAGGACAGAGGGGGAAGGACCAGCCAGGAGAGACCCUCAGGACCAGAAUGAUUCCAUCUCUGUCCCCUGGAAACCCACCUUCCAAGUGAAUUCAGAAUUGUAGGAAAGUCUGCCUGCAAAAACAGCCAUCUUAUUUGCUAGUUCACAGAGACAGGAGUGAAUUGAUUUGUAGAUGCCCAGCUAGAGAUGUAGGGUAUAACACACAUUCAUCCCCCAACUCAGCAGCAUAUGCAUGCACUGGCCCAACAUUCUAUAUUCCAUAGAAUAUGCUCUAGAGUUCCCAUUCUCAGAGCACACAAUGCUUUUUCAUAAGCAUAGAUAUAAGUUAUAUCACAUCACAUAAGCACAUUCAGUCACGUACCCCCGAACAUAUGCUGACAGUCAUACACCAACAGACACAGAGAUACCACAUACAGAUGUGUACAUUGCUUGUGAAAACAUAAAAGUGCACUCAGAGCCUUGGUGUUCCAAGAUGUCCUUUGAAUGCUCCCCAUAUGGGUGGUUAGCAAAUGUACCCUGCAAAUUGCACUUCAAUAAAGUAUUUGCCUCCUCAUAA